AUGGAGGGCGAGGUACCAACAGAACGCAAAUCACGCAAAUCCGUUGCCUUCACCGACGAACAAGUUGUUGUCGACGCUGACGGUUCAGUGACCAUGGUCAACGCUACCGAAGAACCCAGGGAUACGGCUCAGUCCCAUACGCCUCGUACGCCGCCGCUUUCUGCCGCCCUUGAGUCCUUUACUGAUUCGCAAACGACAGCCGCUGAGGACCUUCCCCCAGCUGAGGAUGGUGGUCUCGACCUUUCCCUGCUCAAGAAGAAGAAGAAGAAGUCAAAGAAGGUCGACGAUGCCGACGCCGACGCUGCCCCCGCUGACGAUGCUGCACCUGCCGAGGAUGGAGGCCUUGACCUGACUCUGAAGAAGAAGAAGAAGAAGAAGGCCCCCAAGGGCGAUGAUGACUUCACUAAGCAGCUCGAGAAACUUGAGCUCAAGGAGGGCGAGGAAGUCGAGGAGAUUCCUCAGGAGCAGGAGGGUGACAUGAACGAGGGAACCGGCAUUUGGGCUCACGAUGAGACCAAGACCAUUGGCUACAGCAUGCUCCUUUCUCGCUUCUUCCACCAACUCACCGAGAGAAACCCCGACCACACUUCCCCAGGAACCAAGAGCUACAAGAUCCCCCCUCCCCAGUGCAUGCGAGAAGGCAACCGAAAAACCGUCUUUGCCAACAUCGCCGAUAUUUCUAAGCGUAUGAAGAGAACCGAGGAGCAUCUUACCGCCUAUCUUUUUGCCGAGUUGGGCACCAGCGGUUCCGUUGAUGGAAGCCGAAGGUUGGUCAUCAAGGGUCGUUUCCAGCAGAAGCAGAUCGAGAACGUUGUCCGAAAAUACAUCAUCGAGUAUGUCACCUGCAAGACCUGCAAAUCCCCCGAUACCGAACUCAACAAGGGUGAGAACCGCCUUUACUUCAUCACCUGCAACAACUGCGGCUCCCGACGAAGUGUUACCGCUAUCAAGACUGGUUUCUCCGCCCAGGUUGGCAAGCGAAGAAAGAUGCAGGGCUGA